AUGAAAGCUGCUAAGGCAAGGUUUAAUAGAAUGAAUGUCCUCAGGCAGAAGAAGGCAAAGCGGUUGAAGAGAGCAAACAAAGAGAAUGAGUGUUUCUUCUCUCCAUCUUCCGUCCAACAAUCUUCGUCGUUCCGAACACCUUUAUCAACCAUAACUAUGAAUACCAUCAACAUUUCAUCAUCAUAUUCACCUAACCACUUUCAACCAUCUUCUUCAAGUCCCCAACCUUCAAACAGAUUGGGUCUGAAUUUAACAAACAAAGAUAAUGACAUUUUCUUCUCUCCAAUUUCCGUCAAAAAAUCUUCGUCCUUCCAAACACCGUUAUCAACUAUAACAAUGAAUACCAUCAACAUUUCUGAGUCAUCUUCACCUAACACAUGUCAACCAUCUUCUUCAAGAACUCAACCUUCAACUGUUGGGAUUUUAAAAUCUCGGAGACCCAUCAUAUAUCGUUCGAACGGAUUGGGUCUGAAUUUGACAAAAAAAUUUAACAGCACCGUUAGUGGUUCAAAUGAUCAUCCUGAGGUUUCUGCAUCUCCUGUCCCGGACACGGACAAUAACAAUUUAUUUUCGAGUUCAGAUGACAAUAGUACAGAAAGUUUUGAAACGGACUCCGAUAUUGAAUACCCGGAUGAAGGUUAUAACAUCUCUACAGACCUGCAUUCUGCAACGACUUCUUCAAAUGUCUCGCAAUUUCCAGCAAAACAUACAAUGUAUAACAUGAUGUUUGCAUUCACAUCUCCUGGUACUAAGAUGGAUAACCGUUUUAACAACGGAGGUGGUCCUCCUACUUUCCGUAUUCAAGGGCAGGCCUGUCAUAGAAUUGGUAGUAUGUUACCCAUGCCGGGACAGACUCCAAAAUUUGCCCAGCUAUAUAUUUACGACACUGAACAUGAAAUACAACACAGGAAUAAAUGGAUGAGAACAAAAACUGGCGUUGACAUUGAUAUUGUUACAAAAUUAUCUCAAAUGUUGUACGAACACAACGUACAUGCUCAGUCUUUCCAAAUGGCAAGAGAUAUUUUGUCUCAACAAAGUGUAACAGAUUUGAAAUUGAGACUUAUUUCAGACAGAAAUACUGAUGGACGUAUUUAUAAUCAGCCAACUGUUUCCGAGGUUGCCGCUUUGAUAGUUGGUGAUGUCGAUACAGCUGAAAAAAGAGAUAUCAUAAUGCACAAACAGUCGGGCGCUCUUCAAAGAAUUGAUGAGUAUCAUACUUCUUAUCUUGGAUAUCAAUAUCCAUUGCUUUUUCCAUAUGGUGAGGAUGGAUAUAGGCCAAAUGUGAAACAUCGGGAUCACGGUCGCGUUGUACGUUCCACCACACCGAACAGUCCUGAUGAAUUGGAAUAUGACGAUGUUCCAUGGGAAGAAGCUACGAAGAGAAACAGGCUAACGAUAAGAGAAUGGAUGGCAUUCCGAAUACAAUCAAGACAGAACGAGGCACCGACACUGUUAAGAGCUCGAAGGCUAUUCCAACAAUUUUUAGUUGAUGGUUAUACAAUGUUGGAAUCGGAGAGACUUAGAUGGCUUCGUAAAAAUCAAUCCAAAUUAAGGGUUGGAAAAUAUCACAAUUUGAAUGAGUUAAACUCAAACAGGGUGACACAAGGCUCAAGCACCGGAAAAAGAGUAGUUUUGCCGUCUUCAUAUGUUGGCAGUCGUAGAUAUAUGGAUCAACUAUAUUUUGACGGAAUGGCAAUUUGCAGCUAUGUUGGUUUUCCUGACCUAUUUAUAACAUUUACAUGUAAUCCAAACUGGCCGGAGAUACAACGUUAUGUCAGACAAUCAAACUUGAAACCGGCCGAUCAUCCAGACAUUAUUUGUCGAGUAUUUAAAAUGAAGUUUGAUGAGUUACUGUCCGAUCUAACCAAGAAAUCUGUCAUGGGCAAGGUCCUUGCCUAUAUGUAUACCAUUGAAUUUCAAAAGAGGGGUUUGCCACAUGCUCACAUAAUAAUUUUUCUUCAUCCGACCAGUAAGUAUCCAAAUGCAGAUGAUAUUGAUAAGAUAAUUUCAGCUGAAAUACCUGACGAGAAUUCUGAUCAUGAGCUUUAUGACUUGGUAAAGUCACAUAUGAUACACGGUCCAUGCGGAAGACUUAACCUAAAUGCACCGUGUACAAGGGAUGGGAAAUGUUCCAAGUAUUUUCCAAAGGAAUUCCGUCCUCAAACAAUAGUCGAUCAAGAUGGCUUCCCUGUUUAUCGAAGAAGAGACAAUGGUCACACUGUGUUAAAGAAUGGAAUUCGGUUUGAUAACCAUCACGUUGUACCAUACAAUUCAGGAUUGUUAAAGAAGUUUCGAGGUCACAUAAAUAUGGAGUGGUGCAAUCAAAGUUCUUUGAUAAAGUAUUUGUUUAAAUACAUCAACAAAGGUUACGAUAGAAUCACUGCUGCCGUUGUUAGGAAUGAUGAGGUGAGCCAAAAUGCACAGAAAAAUAUCGACGAGAUUAAACAAUAUCUUGAUUGCAGAUAUGUUUCUCCUUGCGAAACAUGUUGGAGAAUAUUCUCUUUUCCCAUACAUGGAAGAAAACCCGCGGUUGAGAGGUUAUUUUUUCACUGUGAAGGAGAAAAUUCUGUGUUUUACAGAGACAUGGAUCGCUUAGAUACCGUGUUGGAAAAGCCAAGUGUCACGGAAUCAAUGUUUACUGCUUGGUUUGAGGCAAACAAAAAAUAUCCUGAAGCCAAGGAGUUAACAUACAACAAGUUUGUUGGAAAGUUUGUUUAUGUAAAGAAAACAAGGGAAUGGAAACCGCGGAAAAAGGGUUAUACAAUUGGUAGAUUGGUAUGGGUUCCUCCAAGCUCGGGUGAGCUGUACUAUCUCAGAAUGAUGUUAACGCAUGUAAAAGGUCCACAGAGUUACGAAGACAUAAAAAUAGUUAACAACAAAAGAUGUAAUUCUUUCCGCGAUGCUUGCUUUGCUAUGGGAUUUAUUGGCGACGAUAGGGAGAACAUCGCCGCCAUUGAAGAGGCAAGUCACUGGGGAUCUGGGCAUUAUUUGAGGUUACUUUUUGUUCAUAUGCUGCUAUCAAGCAGCUUGAAUAGACCAACACAUGUUUGGAAAAAAAAUUGGCAAUUAUUAUCGGACGGCAUAUUAUAUGAACAACGUAGAAUUGCAAACAAUAGAGAUGAACAAAGAACUGUUUUUAACACUAUUAUCGGCGCUGUCAAUAACGAAAGAGGAGGUGUCUUUUUUCUGUACGGAUAUGGUGGCACGGGAAAGACGUACAUUUGGAGGACAUUGGCGUCUUGCAUACGUUCGAGAAAACAGAUUUGCUUGACUGUUGCUUCAUCUGGUAUAACGUCUCUUUUGCUACCAGGAGGUAGAACAGCCCAUUCAAUGUUCAAAAUUCCAAUCCCAACAUUGGAGGAAUCCUUAUGUGACAUCCCAAAGAAUACUGAUCGAGCCGAGUUGCUUCGGUCAGCCAAAUUAAUUAUAUGGGACGAAGCUCCAAUGGCUAACAAGUAUUGUUUUGAAGCACUGGAGAAAACCCUUAAGGACCUUAUGUCCAACACAAAGCCUUCCAAGUCUAUUUUUGGUGGUAAAGUUGUUGUUUUUGGCGGUGAUUUUCGUCAGAUCCUUCCUGUUAUUCCAAGGGGCAGCCGUUCUGACAUCAUUCACGCGAGCAUCAACUCUUCAUACAUAUGGGAUCACUGCAAGGUUCUCAGACUAACAAAAAACAUGCGUUUGUUGCAAUCCACCACACCUUCAAGUUCAACAGAAUUAGAAGAGUUUUCAAAUUGGAUUUUAGAUGUUGGAGAUGGAAAACUGGCUGAACCGAAUGAUGGAUAUGCAGAUAUUGACAUACCAAAGGACAUGUUGAUAUCCAAUUUUGAUGAACCGAUAAAGGCAAUUAUAGAUUCAACCUAUCCUAACUUUCUGCAGAAUUACAAAGAUCCCCAAUACCUUCAAUGUAGAGCAAUAUUGGCUGGAACUUUAGAGACAGUUGAUGUCGUAAAUCGUUAUGCGCUAGAUAUGAUUCCAGGAGAUGAAAAGAUUUUUUUGAGCUCCGACUCAGUUGAUCAAAUGGACACUGAUGCUUGCGAUUCUUUUGAUGCUUUGACAACGGAAUUUUUGAACACCCUGACGGCAUCCGGUCUUCCACAACACAACAUUAGACUUAAAGUUGGGACCCCUAUAAUGCUCUUGAGAAACAUCGAUCAAUCCGAAGGGUUAUGCAACGGUACAAGACUCAUUGUUACAAAAUUGGCCGACCAUGUUAUAGAGGCAAGGAUUAUCUCCGGUAAAAAUAUCGGAACUUCAUUUUAUAUUCCAAGAAUGGAUAUCUCUCCAACACAAUCACCCUGGCCUUUUAAAUUAACAAGAAGGCAAUUUCCAAUCAUUGUGUCCUACGCAAUGACGAUUAAAAAGUCGCAAGGUCAGUCGUUAGACUAUGUUGGGUUGUAUCUGCCAAGGAAUGUCUUCAGCCACGGUCAAUUGUACGUUGCAAUAUCAAGAGUGAAAAGCAAAAACGGUCUCAAGAUACUAAUCUACGACAAAGACAAUGAAGCGGCAGACACUACCACCAACGUGGUAUUCAAAGAAGUCUUUGAAAAUGUCUAA